GAUCGGUAUUUGAAGAGAAACAUGUCUGGACGUGGGAAAGGCGGCAAAGGACUCGGAAAAGGGGGCGCAAAGAGGCAUCGGAAGGUGCUUCGCGAUAACAUCCAAGGCAUUACCAAGCCUGCUAUUCGCCGUUUAGCUCGCCGUGGGGGAGUAAAGCGUAUUUCUGGCUUGAUCUAUGAAGAAACUCGAGGCGUGCUGAAGGUUUUUCUGGAAAACGUUAUUCGUGACGCCGUGACCUACACCGAGCAUGCAAAACGAAAGACCGUGACUGCGAUGGCGUCGUUUAUGCCUUGAAACGCCAAGGACGUACUCUGUACGGCUUCGGAGGCUAAAAAGUUGAAUUAACCGAAUACAAAACCCAAAGGUCCUUUUCAGGACCACCAAAUCUUUCAGAAAAUCGGCUGAGUUGCUUGCUGAUUUGGUAACCAGAAUUUUGGUAUAAACAUUCAUAUCUUGUGUUCAUGUCUGUUCAUGAGGCUCAAGUUCAGCUUGUUAGCAAAUUUCAGGAACAAUUCCUGCAGUUUUUUAAUCCAAUAUUUUCUGAAAUAGAUUGCUAUUGUCUUUUCAACAGGGUUGUGAGAAAUCGACACCCCAGGAAGUCUGGCUUUUGAGGCAGAGCUCAUGAUUUCUAGCUUUCAACCCCUGUAUCAAAUUAGGCUUCCUUUAAUAUUGCUAACGUGAAAGCAAAAGCAUUUUGUAGCAUUUUAAAUUAUAAGAACAAAUAUUAGUAUGGAAUAAAAAUUGCAGCCCUAAUGCAGUGGCUCUAAUUUGGAAGAUGUUUCAAUACUGUACUGUCUCUUAAAACUGAACAGUAACAAUGCAAAGGAUUUCUUUGCUUUUUGUUAAUUUAUGUGGAGUUUGUAGUUUGCCUUCACUGGGUGACUGAUGAA